AUGUCCGCUCCAGCCCCAAAUCCUGUUGUGGCGCCUGACCAUGUCCUUGCGCUACUCAAUCGUCUACAUCAAGAGUCACUUACACAAGAAGCCGCCCUUCCAUCGACUUAUUUGGGAUCUAAUGACUUUGAUGACCUGAUGCGAGACAAAUUCAUUGCCUUGGAUCAAGAUAAAUGUCAGUUUGUCUACCAACUUGCGAGAGCCACCGGCGCUCGUAAUAUUGUCGAGAUUGGCACCAGCUUCGGGGUCUCUACUAUCUACCUCGCCUUAGCAGUGGGGAGUAAUCUCGAGCAUCUAGGUGGUGAAGGUAAGGUUAUUGCCACGGAAAAGGAGCAUACGAAGGCUGAGAGGGCUCGCCAAUACUGGCAAGAAGCUGGAAACGAUCUUGUGGCGCGCCAUAUCGACUUGAGAGAAGGGGAUCUCCUUGAAACAUUGACAAAUAAUAUCCCGCAGAUUGAUCUCGUUCUCCUUGAUAUCUGGGCUCCUGUUGCCCUUCCUGCAUUGAAGCUACUGGAGCCAAACUUACGGUCUGGAGGUGUUGUUAUUAUUGACAACUCGAUUGGCUCUGUCGCCAGAUAUAAAGAAUUAUUGGAUCAUUUGAGGUCUCCGGAACAACGCUACACGAAUCUGACACUUCCUUAUUCUAAAGGCUUAGAAAUGUCCGUUAAACUGUGA